AUGGCCAAUCAAUUUGAUCCGAAUCAAGCUGCAGAUCUAUUCGGGUUCAACGAAAAUUUCACUACACCGAUGUUUCAACUGGCUCACAAUUUGGGAGCUAAUCACCAACAAUAUCCAGAAAUUCACAAUCAAUUAAUGGUUCAAUAUCUAUUCAUUCAACAACAAGUUCUUCAAAACCAAUAUCUUAAUUUUCUUCCUCCCGUUCAAAAUUUUCAAGGAAUGGCCCCGCAAACGCCGCAAAACAAUCCGACUGCAGCUCUCCAGCAACUGGAAAAUCACCAAGGCGAUGCGCAGGAUGAGCGUCUAUCGGUCGCUGAAACGUCGGAAGAAGCAAUAAGCGAUUCAGAAUUCAGCCUGUCGUCGCUCCUAUCUGUGAAGGAUGUCAUUGAAAACAAUCAGAAAACACAAAGAAGUCAGAUUCUCCAUGCACAUCUUCUUCGGGAACUUGAAAACCAAGGAAAUGUGCACGAUGACAAUCCGGUUCCACCUUCACCAGGACUUGAAGAAAACGCCUACGCGGUUGUUCCAUCGUUGGUUCAGCUCUCACAACUGUCAUCUCUAGUUGAGCUGCCUUCUGAACAUUCGGUAGAGAUUCCAAAUUAUGAAGUUGAUAUUCCGAAAAGAUCAUCUGAAGAAAGAAAGAGCUCGAAGAAAAACCAAAAGAAUCUCUCAAUAUCAACGGUUCUCGAGAAAGAAACUCCAUCUGAGGGAGUUGUUGCCCCAAAACGGAAAAUUGAAGAAGGUGAAGAAUCCGAGCAGAACAAAAAAAUCAAGGUGGUUUCGGAAAAUAUAAAAAAAGAGCUCGAAGAUUCUUCGGAGAUGCCAGGCUCCGCUUUAACCCCACCAGCAGCCUCCGAAGAAAUUUCUAAGCUCUCUGGACGAAAUCUCGGCUCCAACAAGCAGAAGAAAACGAUUGUCUUCAAAUUGAAAAAUGGACCAUGCCUGAUACGCGCGGUUCUGGGGUCCGAUGUGACUUCUCCUCCAGAAAACGUCACAAUCGAGGACUUGAGGACACCGGAGCAGGUGGCCCGAGACGCGCGUCGUCUCAGACGUGCUGCACAAAGAGAAGCAGAAGCGGCGAAACUCAUUCCAGCUAAGCAAAUAAAAAUGGAAAUCGAGGACGAUGAGGUGCAAUGCCUCAGUUGCGCUCAGUGGUACCAUGUCUUCUGCUUGACCCAGUCAAACAGAGAAUACCAGAAGGCAUUCUUUUGUUGCAACCACCCAUCCGCUGGAAUGGCGCUCGCCGCUAAAAAAGGAGUCGUUUUCAACAAAUAUUGGUCGGUCCCAAACCCCCGUAAGAUGAAAUCUUCAUCUUCAACCCGCGUUCCUGUUUAUUGUUGA